CCUAUGGUGCUAAAAUUACAACUGCCCGGUCUGAUAAAUUAUUGACUAAGAGACUCAAUCUCGAUCCACCUCCGGAAGAGGAAGUUGAGAUUCCAAGUAAUCCUCCUCCUCCUUGUCGGGAUGAUGUGUUUAACGGACCUCUUCCUAUACUUGACGCUUGUGGUGCUAAAAUUAUCGAUGCUAGAUGGCAAAGACUGUCCGAGGAUGGGGUGCAUAAUUUAAGGGCAAUUGGGGCAUAUCUCAAGAUGACGGUUACUACUCCUGAAGGUAAACCAAAAUGGAUAGGUGACGUUUCCUUUAAUUAUGACAAUGGUAUCCCAGUUCAUAUUAUAGAUAAACUUGAGCCUAUUCCAAAUCCGCAAAAUAUAUUCUUUUGGACUUAUUCUUCUAUGGCAACACCUAAGAAUAUAUUGGCUGAUGUUUGGGCUACAGUACUUUGGAAUUGUGAUGAUAAUAAUAAAUGUGCUUCUGAAUUUGUACAUUUACGAACUUUUGUCCCUUAA